AUGUGCCAAUCUGAUCUGGAUGCUGAUGAUGAGGACAAUGCCAGCCUUCACCAGUCAGAUUCAGUCAACAGUCUAGUUCAGAAUGUGAGCCGAUCCUCUUUGUCAACAAAUGGGAGGCCUGCCAAUGAGAACAUCGAAGAUAUGUUGGAGAGGCUCAGGAAGGAAAAUUCUCAUCUUCACAAUCUCCUGGAAGAAAAGGACCAACAGAUGGCCACCUUGGAGCUGCAAGUGGCCACUCUCCACAUGGAAGUUCUCACAUUGAGCUCAGAGCGGGAUAGACUGAAGCAAGAGAACUCUGUCCUUAUCUCCUCACUUCAAGACAAAUAGAAUCUUAUGCCUAAUGUUCUUUCUUUUACCUGCAAAGGGCAACAAUGGACCCAGUAUUUGUAUCUUAUGUAGGGAACAAUUGAAAGAGAUUAUCUUUUUUUAAUUUUGCUGUUGAUCAGCAGUUAUUUUAUGGUGCUCAUAAUUUCUUCUGUUUGAUGGUCUAAUUUCUCAGAAAUCACUUUGCAAUUAUAAGUUACCUUAUUGUACAUUCCUCUGAAAAUAAUAGAAAGUUCUAGAGCAGGGGUGUCCAAAGUGCAAUCCACUUGUUGCAGUCCAUGGUGGACGUCUGUGCAGCUUGAAAAAGAAAAUAAGAAAAAAUGGAAAAAUGCUGGAGAUAAGAGAAAAGGAAUAAAACUGCAAUAUGUAGGGAGGUGAGUGCCCCCUCAUGAGUGCUAAGACAUUUUUUGCAUCCAGGAAUGUUUCCUACUUAGCAUCCCCCUUUGCUCCUUCACUCAGCAACCAACCCCUUUAGUGUUGGCUUUGGCCAGCUUCCCAGGACAAGAAGUUCUUGGUUUUGUAGCCUGAAUGUCUGUGACCCACAGGCUGUAUGGUCCCAGUAACUCAAAAGCUUGGACACCACUGCUCUACAGGAAAGAAGCUUUUUCCUUUCAUCAAAUGCCAUAUUGCCUGAAGCAUCUAUGUUUAAGCCACCAUAAAAGGAGAUUAGGAAUCUGGUGAGAGCAUUUGCUGAGAAGCAGAUGAUUUGAUGGAUGAAUCAGAUGAAAGUAUUCUCAUUAAACAUUUCUUUAAUACUGUGAUUCAUUGUUUGCAUGGAGUGAGUGCCUUUAGAAGAAAAUAUUCUUGCCAUUUUAAUCAUUAAAAUCAGUUCCAUUACUAAAUUGUAUUGAUAGCCUUCUCAGGAGUCUGUUGUCAGCGUUCCUAAUGGAAGGUGCCAGCUAAAGUACAGGAUGGAUAGUAAGUCCAGGAGAAUGUCAUUUUCCUGGUGUCCAGUCAAUUCUCCAAGACAGUUCCUCAAUGUUACACAUCAGUGAACUUACAGUAGUGGAUGGAGGGUGAUUGCACUGUCUCUUACAUGAAUAAAUUUCCUUCUUUAUGGAUUUUCUCAAAUUCAGAUA